GACUACACCGAUCAAGGGGAAACUGUUGUGAUUGUAACAGUCAUCAUGAUUAUUGUUACCGCUCUUAUUGUGACUCUCCGUAUAGCGGCUCGCUUUUUUGUCUUGCGGCUGAAAGGGGCGGAUGACUGGUUGAUCAUGGCAGCCACAGCUGUAACCAUGGCUAAUGUUAUUUGCAUUGUCAUAGGAGUCAAGUACGGGACCGGGCGUCACGAGAGCACACUUCCCAUUGCUCAAUCCCAAGUAGCCAUCAAGGCGCUAUCGGCUUGUAUCACAUCUGCUAUAUACAGCUGCAACAGUCCUCGUGAAAUCGUCAUUGCUCAUUCUAUAAUUACGGUUAUUCCCACCACGUUCGUUGUGGCGAUGGGUCUGACUUUCAUACUGGCCGCGUCGUUCAGGUGUCAUCCGAUUGGCGCCUCAUGGACUCCGUGGAAAUACAAGCUCAGUAGCUUUACUUGCUUUCCAGCAUUGCCAUUCUGGAUUGCGUUUGGCUCUCAGUUUCUGGUGUCCGACAUCGUGGUCCUACUACUUCCGAUGAGAACUAUACUAGGUGAAUUGGUACCUCGCCCAUGCGAUAUGCAGUCUAUCUGCCAAUGUGAUGAUUUCCAAGACUCCACAUAUCACACCAAAAGAAAAUGA